UAGAAUAUUUUCACCAGUUGUUCAAGGUUUCUUGAUUCAAUCAGAAAGGAUGGGAAUUGUAGAUUUAACAUCUGAACUAGGCAUAUAUGGUGUGAUCAUCGGAAAUUCAAGUGAGAUUUUGUAUAACAAACAAUCUGGUUAUAUGCUACGAAGUAAAUUUGCGGAAGCUAAUGGAAUUGGAGUUAUUAGAAUAAAAAAUGGAGGUAUUGACACUCCUUAUUUGAAUUAGAGUAUAUAGUCAUUAAGGUAGCAAGCAGUA